AGCUUCAGUGAUGAUUGAUACGAUUACAUUUAAACGCCCACCCACUACUGCGCGCGAGCGUGGAGUCGGGGAACCGCCUUCCUUCGCGCGCGCGCUCCUUCGACCCGCCGCCCUCCGUCCUCGCCCGCCCGCGAACGCCAUCCACCAACCGCGACGACGCGACGACGACGACGAAAUCUUAAAUCACGGGCACGAACCCCUUGUGUUUGUAGUACUUGUUCAGCGCCUGCCGCCGCGCGUACGUCUCCUUCGCGGACGUCCCGCCCUUCCACUGCACCUGCGGAACCAUCCCCGGGUCCAUGUGAUCCUCCGUGUCCUUCCCGCUGUGCGCCUCGCUGUACGCCGCGGCGAACCCCUCUCGUUGUUGAUGGUCCUCCGUGCCCACCAUCCCGGGCCCGAUGUUCGAGUGCGUGUCCAUCCAUCCGUGUCGAUCCGCGACGAAAUUAUCCGACGCCGCGUCCGCGCGCGGGAUCAUGCCGUACCCGAGCCCGGUCUCGGAGUCCUUCGACGCGUGGACGUUGGUCCUGCCCUCGUUGAAGAUGCCGUCGCCCGCCGCCGCGCGCGUGGGCACCAUACCGGGGCCGAGGCCGGUGGCGUUGUCCUUGCCGGCGUGGCUGUACGAGCGAUUCUCCGCGAAGAUGCCCUCGCUCGAGGCGUCCUCGCGCGGGACGAACCCGCGGCCGAUGCCCGUCUCGGAGUCCUUGUGCGCGAACUUCCCGCCGUGCUUGCGAUCGUCCAAGCCCGCGGCGUCGUCCUUGACGGCGAAGUUUGA